AUGUCUAUAAGGACAAAGAGAUGUGAGGAAGAGCAACAAUCAUCAUUCCAAGAUCAAAUUUCGACACAUAAACGACAAUAUGAUUCAAUUAAAUUAUCACCUAAUCAAAAUCAGUGCCAACGUUUAUACAAUCAUCGUUACACAUAUCGUCAGCCAUUUCAAACGACAAGCAACUAUCAUUAUUAUCCACCAAAUACUCGACAGGUGUUGGCAAAUCAUGGAUAUAUCUUAACAAAUUGUGCAAAACUUGGUUAUGGACGUUACAGCAAAAUUGCAAUAAAAAUAAUUGAUACACGAAAAGUUACUCAAGAAUAUAAGUGCAAAUUUUUGCCACGUGAAAUUCAUGUAUGGAAACGUUUGAGCCAUUCAAAUUUGGUAGCUCUUCUCGGUGUCUUCGAAGAGGCUGGCAAAGUGUAUUUGCCGAUGGAACUUGCCGAAAAAGGCGAUCUUUUAACAUUUGUACAACAAAACGGUGCACAGUCGGAAUCGAGAGCUCAAAGUUGGAUGAAACAACUCCUCUCGGCAGUUUAUUACUUGCAUAUGCGUUCAAUAGCGCAUCGUGAUUUGAAAUUAGAAAAUAUCCUUCUAUUUGCUGAUAACUUCAUCAAAAUUGCUGAUUUCGGAUUCUGUCGAGAGAUACAAAAUGGUGAUUUAUCGAGGACAUUUUGCGGAUCGAAAUCUUACUCAGCUCCAGAAAUUCUUCUUGGUCAAGAAUAUAUACCAUUCAAGGCAGAUAUCUGGUCAUUAGGUGUUGUAGCAUUCGUAUUGGUUACUAAUCGGAUGCCAUAUGAUGAAUGUGUUGUUAGUAAUACUGUUAUUGUGGAGGCACAACGAAAGAGAACUUAUUGUUAUUCGAGAAAACUACAGCUUAGUCAAAUAUGCCAAAGUACCAUCGACACCAUGAUGACAUUUGAUUACCGUACACGGCCUGAUAUUCAACAAGUGAUGAACUUGCCCUGGUUUCGCCUACCAAUAAUACCACCGCGGCGCAAGGAAAGUGAAUUCAGUUGUACAACUCUCUAA